AAAAAAAACGCUAUUAGGAUCUUCAUUGCAGAAGAGAAAGCGUAGAAACAGAGAAAGAUGAGGAAAUUCGAUCCAUGGCCUGUUUUCUUCAAGCGUGAAUGGAAGAGGAAUUGGCCUUUCUUGGUUGGAUUCGCUGUCACCGGAACUUUGAUUACCAAGUUUUCACUUGGUCUCACUGAGGAGGAUGCCAAAAACUCAAAUUUUGUUAAAGCGCACAACAGGUAA